UCACAAGAGGGGGCAGGGCAGUGAGUCACCACCAAAAAAAGGGGGGAGUAGAUUAGAUUACAGAGAAAGAAAAAAAAAGGGGGAAAGGGAGUAUGGCGCUACGUUGCUCCUCAGCAGCAGCAGUUGCAAUUUUCAAGUCCUGUGUCUCUCUCAAAUCACACAUAUUUCCUCCAAUUUCACUUUCAUUUCAAAACCUUAAUUCUCAUUCCAAUUCUUCUACAAUUUUCUGUACUGCAACCAAAUCACAGAAAAAUUCUCCUUCUUCCUCCAAGAAGAAGACGAAGAAAAAGAAGAAUACUUCUGUUGAAUCUGAUGAUUGGAAAAAUUUGAAUUCCAAUACUGAUUUUGAAUUAUUGCGUGAUUUUUCUGUGGAUAAUGAUGUUCAAAAUGUUGUUCCUGGUGUUUCUUCUGGUUCCUCUUUAUUUUAUCCUGCUGAUAUGCCGUUGCCGGAACCUCCCACCGGGUUUGCCAUUGACGAAAACGGUGAACUUCUGCUUACUUCGGCAAAUCGGCUUAUCACCAUAGUUGAUCCUAUGAAUAACCUUCCUUUGGAUUGUGUUGUUCGAAGAACGUUCAAAAGUUCUGAUAGAGAUGAAUGUAUGUUGCUUUGCCCGGUUGACACGCCUGUGCAAAUACUGAAGAACACACCUGAUGGAUGGUCAGCUAUCCGCGAUGAGGAAGUUGAAUCUAUUCUGCCUGCUGCAGCGUAUGCGCUCGCCAAGAUACACAUGCAUCUUGUUUACAGCGGGUACUGUUACACAGCACGUGGCGGUUUUUGCUACACAGAACAAGAUAUACUUGAUUUCCACACAGAUGAUGGUACUGAAGUGGAUGGCUUGCCGAGUGAUGGUGUAGAAAUUACAUAUUUUGAUCUGGAAGAUACUCGCUACAUGAUUUAUACACCAUCUGAACCACUUCAAUUUGUUGUUGUGAAGGGUGAGAAUGGGAUGUUUCAAAUGGCUGAUGAUGACUUGCUGGAUGAUCCUGCUGUCAUUGAUGCCAUAGACGAGGAGACUGAAUUUAAUGCCUUGGUGGAAGAAGAAGCUGCACUUAUUGAAGCAAUGAUGGAUGAAAGCAAUGAUGAUGAAUGAAAACUAAUCCGAUAGAGUUGUCACUCUGUUUAGUUAGACAGUAUGUUUAGUUAGUAUUUGUUGUUAUCUGGAAAGUAGAGAUAGAUAGAAUGCCCCUUGUUAGUAUUUGUUGUAAUCUGGAAAGAGUAUGGAUUGUUAUCUGGAUAGUAUGGAUAGAAUGGCCCUCUCUGUAUAUGAUCAAUUUUGUAAGGACUUCAAAAUUAUAGGGAAAUAGAUUGACUGUGCUCUUGAACUGUGCAACGCCAAUCUUUUUGGUAGGAAUUUUCUCAUUGACCUGAGCACGGUUGAUUUUACCGAUCUCAUCUUUUUCUGUU